AGAAGCAGUAGCAGCGGCAGCUCAUGUGAUCUUUGGCGUCUGUUUAAGUUUGUUUGCGGUGCGCUAGACAGGGUUUACUCACAUCGGCUGUCGGAAGAGUGCAAAGUUGUUUGGGCUUCGCUUUUUUGCGUGUUUAGUGAACAUUUAGCAUUUUCCGGUCUUUGAUUCUCUAUAUUUUUGGGCAUCUGCUCCAGUUUGAAGUUCCUAGGUUUAUAUAUAAAAAAAAAAAACUAAUAUUAUAUACAGUAUGGGUCCGAAGCAGAGCAGUCCAGCCGUGGGGCUUCGGAUCCGAUCUUUUUCCGGUUCCGAUUUGUCUUACUCUGACGGCCGAGCUGCGGUUCUGCGCUAUUACGCGGGCGGUUCGACGGGACAGAUCGGUGAACGGGUCCAGUAUUCGUCGCAGAGACCCGGUUCGUUCAUCCAGAGCGCCGUUAUCCCGACCGGCGGCCGGAGAGAUGAGACAGACGGGCAGAGAACGCUCCUGAUCGGGUCACUGCCUGUGCACCUCACCCCUCACCUGCUGGGCGCUGGAUUUGACUGUCCCGUCUGCUCAAAGUUUGUCUGUUCAGAUGAAAUAGAUGAUCAUUUGCUCAUGUGUUUCUCCAAACACAGACUCAAUUAUAACGAUGAUGUUUUGUCCCAGGACUCUGGUGAGUGUUCAAUAUGUCUGGAUGACAUGGUUCAGGGAGACACCAUCGCUCGACUGCCCUGUCUCUGUGUCUACCACAAAGGGUGUAUUGACGAAUGGUUUGAGGUCAACAGGUCGUGUCCUGAACAUCCUACAGAUUCACAUUAAAACAGAUAUUUCCAGUAAAGAAGACCAGCAGAGAAGGGCUCAGCUAAUGUUUUUCUCCAGGAUCUGACUCGCUCUGACACUAGAUGAUAAAUCCAUCUUCAUCUGAGACCUAUAUGGACCUAAAACCUGCUGUGCCAAAUCUAAAUGAAAUCAUGCAUAUACUUUGCACAGUUCUGUUAACAAACCUGAAGGCUGUUUAAAAGUAAUCUAGCUGCCAUCUUUACACGUGGAGCUCUUUAGAGAUCAGAUGGUGGACUGCAGUACUACUGCUUCGUAGGUUAGCGUAACAUAUCGACAGCCACAAGAUGGAAUACAUUUUCUCUAACAGGACUUUGUGUUGAACUGUUUUUAAUCAAAGGAAGAGUUGUUUAGAAAGGAUAUGAAUAUUGAGGAUGAUGAAUGACAGAAUGUGAAAAGGAAGAACACAAAAUAUAUUUUCUGUACACACAAAUGUUUGAAAUUAUUAUUUAAAUAGAUGAUCCAGUUGUAAAUGUUUUUGAUAAAUGCUGUUAAUUUUUUCCCAAUGUGCUGCUGUGUAUAUAACGGGUACUAGUUACAAACAAUAUAUAUAUAAAAUAUAUAUAAAUAAAUUCAAAGGGCCCUGG